ACACUUUUCUCUCUCACAGAUAAUCAACUGUUUAUCAACUGCGGUGGCAAUUCAGUUAUUGAUGAUGGCCACAACUACUAUGCUGAUCUGAACCCCAAUGGAACAUCAACGUUUUUUAUCGAUAAAAGUGGAGAUUGGGGUUAUAGUAGCAUGGGUUAUUCCAUGUUUUCUGAAAAGCCAUUACCAUUUAUAGUCAAGGACAAAUGUAAUCUUACGAUGGCUACAGCAGUUCUGCAUGAAACAGCCCGUGUAGCCCCGAUCUCUCUGAAGUACUAUGGAUUUUGUUUCGAAAAUGGAAGCUACACAGUGAAACUACAUUUUAAUGAGAUAGCCUCAAGUGAACAAAAACGCUCUACUAUCAGGCCUAGGCGAGUUUUUGAUGUUGACAUCCAGGGGAUGAAUAAACAGAAAAACUACAAUAUAGAAGAAGCAACAGCGGAUGCUAAUGGGGAUAAAACCCUGCAAUAUAAUGUUACUAUAGAAUCCCAGCUUGAGAUUCACUUGUACUGGUCUGGUAAUGGCUCGAUCUUCUACCCGGCGAACUACGGUCCCCUUAUUUCAGCUAUUUCUGUAGUCCAAGUUCCUAAACACCCUCACAAGCUGUCUACUGCGCUUAAGGCCGGGAUAACAGGAUCAUUACUGUUUUUUCUUGCUCUACUUUUGCUUUUACUCUGGAAAUUGGGUUAUCUUGGGGGCAAAAGAUCAUCAAACGAAGAACUAAAAGCAACUGAAUUGUUCCCCGGAGGAGUUUAUAACUUUAGUCAAAUAAAAGUUGCCACUCAAAACUUCAAUGCUGUGAACAAAUUGGGUGAAGGAGGUUUUGGACCGGUUUAUAAGGGACUGCUCCCUAAUGGAACUAUGAUUGCAGUUAAACAACUAUCAGCAAAAUCAAAGCAAGGAAUACGUGAAUUUGUAAAUGAAAUUGGCACAAUUUCAGCUCUGCAACAUCCAAAUCUUGUGAAGUUAAUGGGAUGCUGUGCAGAAGACAACGAGCUCCUACUUGUUUAUGAAUACAUGGAAAAUAAUUCUCUUGACCGUGCAUUAUUCGGUUCAGAGGAACUUAAAUCGAGACUAAACUGGUUGACAAGGGUCAAAAUCAUCCUCGGGAUAGCCAAAGGUUUAACGUAUUUGCACGAAGAGUCCAAAUUGAAGAUUAUCCACAGGGACAUUAAGCCCACAAACAUACUCCUGGACAAGGAGUUGAAUGCAAAAAUAGCUGAUUUUGGAUACGCAAAGCUUAAUGAAGGGGAACAAACUCAUGUCAUCACACGAAUUGCUGGAACAACGGGUUAUAUGGCACCAGAAUACGCAAUGAGGGGCUACUUAACACCGAAAGCAGACGUUUACAGCUUUGGAGUUGUUACACUUGAAAUUGUGAGCGGACGAAACAGUGCUAGUUACAGGCCAAGUGAUCAGACAGUUUACCUUCUUGAUUUGGCUUACGUGUUGCAUGAGAAUGGAAAUUUAACCGAACUAGUUGAUCCAAAACUUGGAACAGAUUUUUCUUGGACAGAAGCAGAUGCCAUUCUGAAAUUAGCAAUGAUGUGCACUAAUCCAUCACCAACUCUCAGGCCAACCAUGUCUGAGGUAGUGAAUGUUAUUGAAGGAAAAACUAAAAUCAAGGCCACAUCUUCAACAGACCAUCGUUCGACAGACGAGAUUGCCUUGACUAAGGCCAUGGCUGCCCUCUCUCAGUCUUCUCAGUCUGAAAGCAAUUCUGCAGCAGGGCCAUCAGAAGCUACUCCCUCCUACUCUAAGAGCAAUAUCAGCAAUGAAGUUUGAAUCCAACAUCUCCCACUUAUGAAUAUUACCGAGACGAUCACUGUACUUAGACACUGAAAAUCAAGGAGGCAAUGAUGCUUUAGCAUGAGUUCUCUACUUUUUUUGUGCUUGCUUUGAAUAAGGAAUCUGUUGGUCCGGCAUAUCAGUAUAAAACUUUCAUUUUAAUAAUCGUGUACUAUUGUAUCAGAUGAUUGAUUUCUGCGUUUCCACUGAAUUCAUUGCCUGAUUACAUGCGGCUUUGGGCCUAUUAAGUAGCCUUAUCGUUCACUCUUUCUCAAUGAAUAUGAUUUUAAAUAUCUUCUCCUGUU